AUCGUCUCAGAUAAAGCGUUUUAGUGUCAUACUUCUGAAGAGUCAAUUAUGAAACGUAGCCAAUAGCGACGUAACGAUCCGUAUCGCGAGAACUUCCGAGAUCAUGAAAACAAGACAACAAAAAUAAAUUUGUGGAUAGCAAGCCAGAGUGCAUGAUGGCGGCGUCGCUGCUGCGCCGGGACAAAAAAGCUACUGCCGCCCACUUGAAGGCAGAUUUAACCCGGACUGACAAUAGCUCUGGGCUCCGGCAACUCCAGGAGCUGCUCGACACGGUGCUAAAUCCCGAAAAAACUGCGGCAGACACAGAGGCACUUGACUGGUGUAAAUGUCUCAUUGCAGGAGGCGAAGGUUUCGAGGAGUUCUGCAAAACGGUCCGGUCCUAUGACAACGCGACUCUAUGCGGCUUGGUCUGGACUGCCAAUUUCGUGGCGUACCGAUGCCGGACUUGUGGCAUCUCCCCGUGCAUGUCACUGUGUGCAGAAUGCUUCAAUAACGGAGACCACACGGGCCACGAUUUCAACAUGUUCAGGAGCCAGGCUGGUGGGGCCUGUGACUGUGGGGAUAGUAAUGUCAUGCGAGAGAGUGGGUUUUGCCGACGACAUCGACUGAGAACUGGUGAAAAUGUGCCCUCAAUACCUCGAGACCUUCUCUUGAUGUCUGAGUUGGUUCUUCCUCGCUUCAUCCUGUGUAUCAUACAGUAUCUGAGGGAUGGAUAUGUCGAACCAGACAACUCAACUGAGAGAGAUCUACAGAAAAUCCUGCAGCAGCUGGAGCCCCAGAUCUCCUUCCUGGAGGAGCUCACGAAAAUGGGAGGAGCAAUGAGAACUGUACUAACAAAGAUCUUGACCAAUCAGCAAACAUUCAAGGAGUUGAGCAUGGGCCAAGAAGAGAAUUUGUAUGCUAAAAAGAACUAUGACAAGUAUCUAUCAGCAUUGAAGAAUUCAGGUCUGGUGUCUGUGGAGGAGAAAGCCCAAGGUUCUGCUGAUGUCUCUGUUGGUGCUGAAGGAGGUGCAGGAGCAAUGGCUCUUUUGGGAACCACUGCACCAGGAAGCCCAGAUGAGUCCGGUAAAGAGGAGGACCAAGAUGCAGGGCAGUCCGUUGGUCAGAGGAAGAGGGUUAAGUUGAGUAGCAGUACCAAAGACCCAUGCAUUAUUGAAUCUCUAAAGCAUAAAUGCUUUCUGGAGGAGCUGUUGUUUUGGACAAUAAAAUAUGAGUUUCCUCAGAAGAUGGUCACCUUCUUACUGAACAUGUUGCCAGAUCAGGAUUACAAGAUCACCUUUACGAAAACCUUUGUUCAGCAUUAUGCAUUCAUUAUGAAAACACUGAUGAAAAGCCACGAGUCCGAUACGAUGUCCAACCGCAUUGUACAUAUUAGCGUGCAGUUGUUCAGCAACGAGGAGCUGGCUCGACGCGUGACAGAGGAAUGUCAUCUGCUCGACAUCAUGGUCACAGUCCUCCUCUACAUGAUGGAGAGUUGCCUUAUUAAAAGUGAACUUCAAGAUGAAGAGAACAAUCGCCAUGUCGUGGUGAACUGUAGUGAGCCUCUGUUGAAAAACAACACCUACUGGCCAUUAGUUAGUGAUUUUAUUAACAUCCUUUCACACCAGAGCGUAGCAAAAAAGUUCAUGGAGGACCAUUCAUUGGUGAUGCUGUGGAUGAGCUUCGUAUCAUUUUUCCAGGGUAUGAACCUGAAUAAGCGGGAGUUGAAUGAACAUGUGGAGUUUGAGUCUCAGACAUACUAUGCAGCGUUUGCAGCAGAGUUGGAGGCCUGUGCACAACCAAUGUGGGGUCUCCUGACCCACUGCAAAGUCAAAGAGACUCAGGAGUACACCAAAACUGUUGUACGGUACUGUUUGGAGACCCUUCAAAUCUGGUUUGAUGCCAUUGGCUUCAUUGACGAGCCUGCUCCAAAUCAAGUAACAUUUCACUUGCCACUCCAUCGCUACUAUGCCAUGUUCCUCAGCAAGGGUGUAAAGUGCCAAGGCCUGGACUUAGAUAGCCUUCUGCCAGACCAAGAGAUGCUGAUGAAGAUUAUGGUGCAUCCUCUCCAAAUCCAGGCAUCUCUGUCAGAGAUCCACAGCAACAUGUGGGUCAGGAAUGGUCUGCAGAUAAAAGGACAGGCUAUGACCUAUGUGCAAUCACACUUCUGCAACUCCAUGAUUGACCCAGACAUCUACCUGCUCCAGGUUUGUGCAUCGAGACUGGAUCCUGACUACUUCAUCUCAAGUGUUUUUGAGAGAUUUAAAGUCGUUGACCUGUUGACUAUGGCGUCCCAGCAUCAGAAUGCUGUGUUAGACUCUGAGCAGGAGAGGCCCAUGUUAGAAGGAGCGCUGACCUUCCUCGUCAUACUGACAAGCCUUCGGAUCCAUCUAGGGAUGACAGAUGAUGAGAUACUUCGUUCUGAGAUGGUCUCCCAGCUGUGCAUGAAUGAUCGUACACACAGUGCACUGUUAGACCUGAUUCCGGAGAAUCCCAACCCAAAAAGUGGCAUUGUUCCGGGUAGUUGUAGUUUUGAACAGAUGCUCUCUGCUGUGGCAGACUUCAAAGCGCCAGUGUUUGAGCCUGGAGGCUCCAUGCAGCAGGGCAUGUACACACCUAAAGCUGACGUGUGGGAGAAGGAGUUUGACCCCAUCAUGGUUGUUCUCAGAACAGUCUAUCGUCGUGAUGUCCAGUCAGCAAUGGACAGAUAUUCAGCAUUUUUAAAACAGUCUGGCAUUCACACUGGUAACCCGUGGCCACCUUACAAGGAAAGGACCGCUCUGCAUCCAUGUUACAAAGGACUAAUUAAGCUGUUACACUGCAAGACACUGCAUAUUGUGAUAUUCACGCUUCUUUACAAGAUAUGGAUGGAUCAUCAAAACAUGUCUGAGCAUGUGCUGUGCAUGGUGCUGUACCUCAUCGAGCUGGGCUUGGACAACCAAGUUCAAGACAACAAGGAGGAUGGGGAGCCUUGCAUUGAGGAGCACUGCCACGACAGCUGGUUCCCUGGCACUAACCUUCUCUCAAAUCUGCACCAUGUCAUCAACUUUGUGAGAGUGCGGGUGCCUGAGACGGCUCCCGAAGUGAAGCGAGAGGCCCCUCCCAGCACUAGCACUGAAGCUUCCUCCUAUGGCCAGAACUCCAGGCGUCUUUCAGGGAAUUGGAGAGAGAACCUGCGUGAGGCUCAGGUGUUUAGCCUUGUGGCGGAGCGCAGGAGAAAGUUCCAAGAGAUAAUCAACCGCAGCAGCACUGAAGCGCAAGUUGUCAGGCCCAAGAGCUCCUCCACACGAUGGGUCCCACCCGGCACGCCGCCCCAGUUGGUGACGGAGAUACUUGAGAUCCGAGAGAGCAUGUUGUCCCUGCUCAUCAAGCUCCACCAGAAGCUGUCGUCCAAGCAGAACUCCCUGUCGGCGUCCUGGCUAGACGACAUGGACACGAGCCGUCACACUCAUGGAGAUGGCAUUACCGCUAUCGAGCGAAUCCUCACCAAGGCAGCCAUGCGCAGCUGCCAAAUCAAGCGUAGCAUCCAGGACAUUUGCGGGAAGGCGUGUCCCCCGGUGCCUCCAAAGAAGAACAGCCCUACUGACAAGAAGGCCAUGGAUAAAGAAGAGAGACGUCAAAGGGCGAGGGAGAGACAACAAAAACUUCUCGCUGAAUUUGCCUCCAAACAGAAGAGUUUCAUGGAAACGGCCAUGGAUGUUGAAUCUCCUGAAACCGAGGCAGCCAUGGACUUGGGAGCAUCUGAAGUGAUGGAGUCUGAGGUUCUCUAUGACUGCGUGAUCUGUGGCCAGAGUGGACCUUCUACCGAGGACCGACCCACUGGCCUGGUAGUUCUCCUCCAGGCCUCCUCAGUGCUUGGGCAUCGCUGCAAAACCACAGAGGCUAAAAAUCUACCGACAAGUGAUGAUGAACACAUCUACCCUGUGGACACGUGCGGAGUAGCUCAUGACGUCAGGCUCACGCUCAUGCAACGGUUCUUUAAAGAUAGUUCUUGUCUUCAGUCUGUGUCCAUUGGUUGGGAUGGGGGUGUCUACGUCCAGACCUGUGGACACACUCUGCAUAUAGACUGCCACAAGUCAUACAUGGAGUCUCUUAGGAAUGAUCAGGUCCUCCAGGGCUUCUCUGUUGACAAGGGUGAAUUUACAUGCCCACUAUGUCGACAGUUUGCCAAUAGUGUUCUUCCUUGUCGCCCCGGCCGGAGCACAGAGGCUGGUACCUGGCACACACCCACAAACAAGAAGACUUGUGUACUAGUAAAGGAGGUUGAACAUCUCCAGGAGAAACUCGGCCUUUUCCCUACUGAGUCAAAUUUAAGUAAGGAGAUGGAGUUGGUCAUCAAAGACAUCAAGAACACAACCCAAAAGAAAUACAUGGACUAUGGCAAGAACCCUGGCUCUCCUGACAACGAUUUCCUCUUCAUGUACUCAGUAGCAAGGACCAACCUGGAGUUGGAGCUUGUGCAUCGGGGAGGUAACUUGUGUUCUGGAGGAGCCAGUGCAGCUGCCAAACGCUCAUGUCUCAAUCAGUUGUUCCAUGUGUUGGCCAUGCACAUGCGUCUGUACAGCAUCGAUUCGGCCUACAACCCCUGGACUAAGCUGACUCAGAUUAUCCAAAGCAGAGAGCCUGAUGGGCUUGCCAAGGAGAGACCUGAGGUACCCAUGCUCUUUCGAGAUGUCCCUUCACUCCUGAUUAUCUUUGUAUUAACGAUGCCCCAGCCUCUGCGAAAAGAGCACUUUACGUGUGUGGUGAAGAUGCUGUACAACCUGCAGUUCACCCAGGCCCUGGUUGCUCUGUCCACUAAAUUCAGCCCGGAGGAACGACAGGCCUGGAGCACAUCUGGAGCCCUCAUGAAGAAUGCUGCAAAUGCGGAGAGCUCUUUUGAGGCGCUGCUCAGUCAUGUCAUUAGUGAGCUCUCUAAGGACAAGACUGUCUACAAGGUGAACGCCGAGGAAACGCCAAUGCUGAGCUCCAGUGUGUGGUCCCCACAGUCCAUCGAGUUCAGCCUGCAGCAGUUCUGUCUGCCCUUCCUCCGCCUCUCCUGCCUCCUGCAGCAUCAUCUUUAUGGAGAUAAUCUAACUGGCUGCCUGGCGGAGGAGGAGUUCUCCUCCCUGUCGGUGUGUCUGGGGCUCCUGCCCUCGGCCCCUCAGCCCCCCAGCGCUGCGUGCAGCGCCUCGUCUCUGGAGUGGGCAGUCAGCGCUUUUGACUUGUUGACGCAGUGGUGUGCGGAGGUCACGGGGCUCUCUCAGUGGCAGCCCGAGCAGUCAGUGACAUUGCUUGUCCAGGAUCCUCAGUGGGCGGCUCCUCGCCUUCUCCAGCUCCCUGACAACUACAAUAUCAUAUUCCAGUACUACCACAGGAAGGCCUGCACUGCCUGCAAAAAAGUGCCAAAAGACCCCGCGCUCUGCCUGGUUUGUGGGGCCUUCGUCUGUCUCAAAGGCGUGUGCUGCAAACAGCAGGGCAUCUGUGAAUGUGUUCUGCACUCGCAACAUUGUGGAGCAGCGACAGGCAUCUUCCUGCUGAUAAACGCCUCCGUCAUCAUCAUCAUCCGUGGCCAUCGCUUCUGCUUGUGGGGUUCUGUUUACCUUGAUGCCCACGGAGAGGAGGACCGCGAUUUACGCCGUGGCAAACCUCUCUUCUUAUGUGAAGAAAGGUAUCGAGUGUUGGAGCAACAGUGGGUUUCACACACCUUUGAUCACAUCAAUAAGCGUUGGGGCCCUCAUUAUAAUGGACUUUAAAAUCUUCCAAGUCCACUGACAACACCAGCCGGCGACGGAGAAGAUUUAUUUAUUUCUUUUUUUUUUUUUUUAAGUGUCUCGGGCAAAAUAUUUGAGGAUCGUUCACGUGAUAAACACAAACAUCCGGUGAGGGUUUUGCUGCCACAGCCUUGGUUCAUGUGAAGUUUGGUGUACAAUCAUGCCUAAAGAUUAACACGUGUGCGUGUGUGUGCGUGCGUGUGUGGGUGUUUAAGCAAUUUAAUGUGUGGGUUUUCAACAGGGGGAAACUAAAUAUGGAAGCACAACUUUGCCCAACGGUCAAAUUGUUUCGGAACAGGAUUUUGAGACCUGUUGUUUUGAUUUGGGUGAGAAAUAUUUAUCAAGCGCUGAAUGUCCCUGCAAAGUUUGAUUCCAGUUUGCACCGUUUCUGUUUACGCAUAUCCCCAUUAUUUAUCAAAAAGCGCUCCGCUGUGCUGGCAUGAGUUUCAGCCCCCUGAUAAGUGAAGCUGUGGUGUUGCUAUUCGUACUCGCUGUCUGCCGGCGGGAUGGUCGGCAGGACAAGCCCUCUCAUCAAUACACUAUAGAGUUGUUUUGCAAGCGAGCAAAGGCUCUUUUUAUGGGUCUAGUUGCAGUCCAUCCUCAGGAAUUCUGUUUUGUUUUUGCUGUUUAAAAUACAUUUUAGAUAUUUAAAUAAAUGCUGCUGCUCAUUGUUCAAGUAAUUUUAACUUUUGUGAAUUCUUUUUUUUUUCUAAGGUUGUGCUUUGAGUUUAUAGCAGAUGGGUGGGAAUGCCGACUCAAACCCACUCUAAUAUUGAAGGAGGUAUGCGGUCACUUCAUUACGCUGACUACAGUUCUUAGUUCUACUGUUUCUGCACGUUUCUGCUCUUUUUCAUUUUUUUUCUUUGGUUGGUUCUGACAAGAAAGUCAAAGUUCAAGUCUAAAGACAGACAAAGCUACAACCAGACAAAGAUUUGCUGCUGCUGCUGCACUAAAACAUGAAGUCAAACCAUCAAAGUUCAAGUAGCACACAUUAAAAAUGCCUCUGCACAGAUUUGUCGUCCUGCUGCACUGGCAAAAGGAAAAGCAUAUGAAGAAAUAUGAAAUUGAUUCUGUCAAUGUUUCCUUCAAGAUGUGAAACUAAAUUAAAUGUAGGCUGCUGUUGAGAAACGCCAAUAUUUCAUCUUCCUGUUCUGUUCAGAAAAUGUUCUAGACUUUCUGAUAGUUGAGUCAUAACUGAUCACAGAAACCAUCCCACAGCCGUACGUCAUCUAGCUGUUCUAGGCGCAUUCCAACGUGACAUCAUCAGACUUGAGCAUCCGUUACACACUGUGCACGGCAUCCUUUAAUCCACCUUUAUUUAAGUGUCUUAGCCUCCUAAUUUUGUGAUUAUCUUUACAAGAGAGGAAAUUUAUCCAGUCGUGCCUGCGAGAUAGUUGUUGAACUUUGCCAAGCGAUGAGCGGCGUGUCGUUGGCGCUGGGGUCUGGUUUGAAAAUGCUGGGUUCACAUUGUGCUGCAUCAAGGAAUCCUUAAGGAAUAAGUUAACACUUGAAAAACGUCCUCUUGUAUUCACGCAUGCUGCUUUUCUGUUUACUGUGUCUCCUCUCUUUUAUUUUUUUUUUCCACUUUGUAAAUGACCGCAACCAAAUAGCCAGUGGGUGUAAAUUGUAACAGAAAGCUCUUGUGUGUUCUCCUGAAUGAAUGAAGAGAGAAUACAGUACAUUACUGUAGGUGCUGACUCAAACUUUCUGAGUUUGUCCGGAAAGUAUGAUUUAGACAUUUAAAGCAAAAUGUAACAUAUGUGAAUAAAAUAUAAACACACGGA